UUACCGGGUGCAGUUCAAACCCUGACAGGUCCUGUGACUCCUGUGUCAUCUGAAGGCGAUGCUCACGUAUUGACCUUCUUCAUGCACGACAUACUCGGGGGAUCGAACCCCUCAGCCCUGGCGGUCACUGGCAUCGUGACCAACCCUGCGGUGACCGCCCAGGUCCCCUUUGCUAAGCCUAAUGGUGCCAACAUCCCCAUCAAUACUGGGGUCCCACAGAGCAGCGGCAACUCUGGCCUCAUCAACAACAAUAACAACGUCCCCUUCCUUACUGGGCUCAGUGGGACCACUGGAAACCUUGUCCGGAACAAUGGGAAUGGCACCUUCAUCGGAGGUGGGCCCAGGUUCCCGGUCCUUAAUGGAGGGCAGCUUCCUAAAGGGAUGACCCUUCAGAAGAUGAUGUUUGGGACUAUAACCGUUGAUGACGAGCUGUCCAAAAGGCAUGAACUCGGGUCAUGCCUUGUAGGCAAAGCCCGGGGGUUCUGUGUAGCGAGCUCUGAGGAUGGGAAUAGCCAGACGACUUUGACUGCGAAGUUUGAGAGUGGAGGUUAUGUGGAUAGUAUCGGCUUCUUCGGGAUCCACAGAACUGUUGUCUCAGAGUCACAGCUCGCGAUUAUGGGAGGGACUGGAAAGUAUGUGAAUGUCACAGGGUUUGCUACCAUUAAGACGUUCCCUGCCCCGAACCAGCAAGAGACUAAUUAA